AUGUCUCCCUCAAGUGACUCUUUGGUGGAUGCUUUUAGUAUGAAAGGGGGAAAUGGAGAACACAGUUACGAUACUAAUUCUCAUUAUCAGAAAAGUGUUUUCUCCAAGAUACAACAUGUGGUGAUAGAGAGAUCAAAGAAAUGUUAAUGAAUUUGGAUCAAAGUCGCUGACUUGGGUUGUUCUUCUAGACGAAACACGUUGUUGGUCAUGUCCGAGAUCGUCAACACGAUUAUAGAAUCAUACCAACAAAAUGGUCGAAUCAACACACCAGAGAUGGAUUGUUGUCUGAACGAUCUUCCACAUAACGACUUCAACACGACCUUCAAGUUGGUUCCUUCCUUCCUAGAGAAGCUGGAUAUGGAGGUCAAAGAAAGGUGCUUCGUGUCAGGAGUCCCAAACUCUUUCUACUCAAGGCUGUUCCCAAGGAAGUCUCUUCAUCUUGUUCAUUCAUCUUUUAGUCUUCAUUGGCUUUCUAAGGUUCCCGAUGGGCUCGAAAACAACAGUAAAAGCAUUCAUAUUAAAGAUCCAUGCCCUCCAGAUGUCUACAAGAGUUAUUUGAAUCAGUUCAAGAAUGAUUUUUCGUUGUUCUUAAGGAUGCGUUCAGAAGAAAUGGUGCCUAAUGGACAUAUGGUUCUCACGUUCGUGGGGAGAAAGGUUUCCGACAAUUUAUCCAAAGCUUGUUUCCAGGUUUGGUCGUUGUUAUCCGAUUGCCUCCUCGAUCUAGUCUCCGAGGGGGUUUUUAGGGAAUCUGAGAUGGAAUCUUUCAACAUGCCGUUCUACAAUCCAAACGAAGAUGAGGUGAGGGAAGUUAUUUCAAACGAGGGAUCUUUCGAGAUCAACAAGAUCGAGACACAUGACCAUAUUGUCCCAUACAAAAUUGAGAAAGAUAAAGAGCAAAUUUCACUUCAAUCAAUCGAAGCCGGUAAAGAGCGAGCGACCGGGAUAAGAUGCAUCACUGAACCGUUGCUCGUCGCUCACUUUGGAGAAGCCGUUAUCGAACCGGUGUUUGACAAAUAUGCACAGUAUAUGGCCAACUAUCUCGGUGUCUCAAGCCAUCGUCCCAAUAUGACCCUCAACAUUGUUGUCUCUUUGACUAAGAAAAAUAAAAUAAAAUAA